AUGGCUAAAGUGUUCAAGGGUAGUCAUGCAGCUGGCAUCUUUGCUGACAUGUCGGUGGAUGGCCCCCCCAUAGGUACUCUGGUGGCCAUUAUCGACCGAGCAAAGAAUCUACCUAAUCGGAAGACGAUGGGAAAACAGAACCCUUACUGUGCAGCACGGUUAGGAAAGGAAGCAAAGAAAACCCCAACAGAUUUACGAGGUGGUCAAACUCCUAGAUGGGACCACGAACUCCGUUUCACUGUACACCAAUCCCCAGACUACUACAAACUCAAAGUCUCCGUAUUCAACGACGACAAAAAGACAGAUCUCAUUGGAGAAACUUGGAUUGAUCUGAACAACCUGAUUAUCCCGGGCGGAAGCCAAGACGAUCAUUGGCAUCCACUGCAGUCGCGGGGCAAAUACUCUGGCGAAGUUCGAAUCGAGAUGACUUAUUACGAUACCCGACAAAAAGAUGAAGCGGUGAUUGAGAAACGAAAAGAGGCAGCAGAUAAGGUCCAGGGCAAACCAGCUGCCGUCAUCACAUCCAGCUCUGGUCUGUCAGGCCCCAGACAACUGAACGCGUUCAAGCGACGACCACUGCCCACCGAUCCAUCAGGAGCGCCACCUCCCAAACCUCCUGUUCUAGAACAGCCUCAAUCAGCCCCUCCAUUGCAUCACCCGAUGCCUUCUCGCACAAUCCGAGAACAAGUCCAAAACAUGCCCACGGUUCCUGUUCCGGAACCCGCCCAUCCUUAUCCUCAAAGACACCACUCAGAGCCCACAUAUGAGCAACAUUAUAAUCAGCCACCACAGUCUCGAGCAUACGAUGCCCCUGAAAAUUACCAACGUGAAUGGGAAGCCCCAGCCCUUCCUCCGGCGGGCAUGAUGAGACGUAACCAGACACAUGAAACAGCCUAUGCCGGCCACGAUAACUCAGAGCUUGCAUAUGACUCGCGUCCGCUACAACCCCGCAGUCAAUCUGACUUUGACCACCACCCUCCCCGAGAUCACCGUUCUGCCUCCCAAGAUCCAUCUUUUGAGGUUGAAAUGCGCGGCAGGGCACCGUACGAACACGCCAGGCAAGGAGAGGAGAUCUACAGUCCGCUCUCGCCCCAGUAUACAGCACCUCCGAUGUCGUUUGGGCCGGUGUCAACAUUCACCCCACGCCAAUCAGCUUAUGCUGAUGAGCCAGCGCCUCUGAGUUAUUCACGCCCGGGCUCGUCAUCAGGGCCAGCAGAGGACCCUCGCUACCAGCCACAUGAUAUCCGGGCAUUGCAGCCCAUGCGUCGUGAUCCCUAUCAUCCCGAGUACGCUACCAUGCAACCACGCGUAGAGGAUGAAGAUGAGGAUGGUCCGCCUCCACCGCCACCGGUUCAUCGAUCUCGUAUGGCUCAACAUCCGCAGUCGAUGCAGCCAAUGCAACCAAUGCAACCAAUGCAACCUGUCCCACCGCCUGUCAGAGAGUCACCCACGGGAUAUCAACCAUACUCGCCAGGACACUCUAACUCCACUUCGCCCAUGCCCACCAGUCUCGUCGUUGGGUAUGAACCCGAGGAAUUCCCGAAUUAUGACGAUCGAAUUGAACGCAGACGAAGCGCUCACUUUGACGAUGAAAUGAUGAUAUCUCACCCGCCAGGUCCUGGGGCCCUUGUACCUGUAUCAAAGUCCGCCCAAGCAUCACCUUCGCCUUAUGAAUCUCCAGUUUACCCUCUCCGUACCUCUCCGCGGCCUAUCGAGGAGCGGCCGACCUCCAGCCGCGGUGGAUCUGCUGGUGCAGACACGCGAAUGGUGACACGAAAAUCCGUUAGCCCCCGGCCUUCAAUCUCUAGUGACCGUGCCUCUUCCAUCCCAUUCUCACCCGACUCAUACAACGCCAUCAAUCCGCACGCUGCACGUUCUGCCACUAGCCGAGAUCCUACACCUGCAUACGAAUCACCAGCCCAGGCCAGGGAUGCAGCGAUUCGCGCUGAGCGAGAACCCAUCAGGGACCUCAGCCAGCCUAUCAUUGGCGACGAUGGCCGAGAAAUCGAUCCAUCUGAUCAUCUUCCGACGGAUACUUGGGCCCCAGAGCCAGAACGGAAAAACCGUAAGCCAGAGGUCAUCAUUCGCUUCAAGCAUUCUCCUCGUGAACGACCCACUUCCCGAGGCAACGAUGCCACCUCUCGCAGCACAGGACCGCCUCGUGUGGGCUUCAGGACGGAGACCACGUCAUAUAGCUCCGACCGUAAAAGAUACACACCCAGCCAUGCUCAGCCUAGCCCUGAACCCAUGGAUCGCACAGCGCAGCGAGGAUAUGAUAGCUAUGGAGACGGUUACACACAACCUCGAGGCUACACAACCCCGACAUCCACUGAGCGACCUCGCUCCUCUCGUGGCUCCGUUUCACCGUCGCCUGGUUCUCGCUCUCCAUUGUACGAUUACGCCCCUGGUCCACCAAUUCCAUCCAAAGUUCCGAUCUCCCAAGGCGCUCCAAGCUACCCUGUAGCUGCCAGCAAUCCUGGCAUGGAUGCCUUGAGUCGAGAAUUGAAGACAAUUGAGAUUGGCUCAGCAGGGUGCAGCCCGAGCCGUGCUGUUCGGAGAUACGCACCACCUCGCCAACCAGCAUCAAUCGGGUAUGCUAGUUAG